GUGAGUGAGCUUACGGAAUUUAUGAGCAUAUAGUUUUUUCUACCGUCUGACAUAAUGUAAAUAAGCCUUUUUUGUUUUAAUACAUUUUUGGAACGGAUUACAGUCUUGUCAUUCGCGUCAGAAUACAACUCAUUCGUGAUUUUUUUGGAAACGAACGGAAGAUAAAUACAUUAAGUAGAAAAAACUGGACUAUGGAUAUGGAGACCUAAUUAAGGCUCCGGUUGUAUUCUGAGGGGAAUUCGGUUCUAAGAAGACGGCACUGGAACGUUGUGGACACACCAGACGUGAAGGAAAAACCAAAGAAAAGGUGUACAGUUAUUUACUCAUCAUGUCCACCAGCAGUAGAACCACUAAGGCCAGUGUUAACUUUCAGUUCUGCAAAACAUCAGACCCAAAGCAGCAGGUCGAACAUUAUGACAUCUGGGCCAAACACUAUGACAAGACUACCUCACUGCUGGGCUACAGAGCACCACACCUGGCUGUGGACUUCCUGUCCGAACACUUCUGUGGGCAUCCUGAGGAAACCCAGGUUCUGGAUGUGGCCUGUGGGACUGGAUGGGUUGCUAAACUGAUGACAGAACUGGGCUUCAGGUCUUUUGUGGGAGUGGACGGCAGUAAAGGCAUGCUGGAGUUCGCUGCUAAAACUGGUCUGUAUCAGGACCUCAAACUGGCCUUACUGGGAACACAACCACUACCUGCACAGACUGGUGUGUUUGAUGUGGUGAUCAUCAUCGGUGCCCUGGAUCCAGGUUUUGUACCAGUCAGUGUUAUCAGGGAGCUCUGCAACGCUGCCAAACCAGGAGGUCUGGUGUGCAUGGCGAGAGGCAAACAUACAGGAAAACCAGCAGCCGAAUACGAAGAGGAUCUGCACAGAGAGUUUCAGCUGAUGGAGGAGGAGGGACUGUGGAAUCUGGUGGGAACCAAACACUUCGACAGAUACAUGGAAAACCCACAUGUGGAGUGUGAUGGAGAUGGAGAGGACCAUCAGGAGAAACAGUUCAUCAGUGGGACUGUUUACCUGUACAGGAAGUCCUCACUGAACUUCAGUUAAACUGAAUUUUCUGAGUGGUUUUGUCUAGUGGCUUCACUUCAGCUCAGAGCUCAGUAACAGUCUCCAUACAUGCAGAUAGAUAGAUAGAUAGAUAGAUAGAUAGAUAGAUAGAUAGAUAGAUAGAUAGAUAGAUAGAUAGAUAGAUAGAUAGAUAGAUAGAUAGAUAGAUAGAUAGAUAGAUAGAUAGAUAGAUAGAUAGAUAGAUAGAUAGAUAGAUAGAUAGAUAGAUAGAUGUAAAUAGCAAUUUUACCAAUGAUGCAACAUCAAUAGAAACAGUGUAUCUUGAUUUCAUCUUUAGUUAUAUCCAAUACACACUUGGUAUCAAUAUGAAUCUAUUCUAAAAAGGAAGAUUAGACUUUGAUCAGUGAGUAGUUAGCUCAAACAUUUGGGUCAGACAAAGGCUUUGUCAGUUAAGGUUUGAUUAUAGGGACUGUGGUACACAGCCUGUUCACUCAAUUAUGGGAAAAACAUCUUAUAAUUUAUUGGUGUUUCCAUGUUCACCACAGAGACUCUAAACGUCCAAAUGGGUCAUAUUUGACGACCAUGAAAAGAUGACAAACUGCAUUUAUUUGAAUUAUUUACAUGUAUUGAUAGGAUUAUUGGAUGAACAAGUAUUAAACAGGUCAGGGGAUGUUUUUGGGUUUGGGUGAGUUUAAAGUGAAAUUUAUCAUGCAUUAAAUCACUGUACACAUUAUUUUAUAAUUCUACAAUAAAACAUUCACCAUCUUAUUGUGACUCUUUAUAUUCUGGUUAGGGUUCAGUCCUAAAACCUGGGAGAAGAUGACUGAAACAGAUGAAUAUGACAAUAACUGAGAUAUAAACUACAGAAACAUAGCCUAAUUGUAAUUUGUUACAUGAAUGUGAAGUAAAAUGUAAUUGUCUGCAAUAAUAAAAUG